AUGAUUAUUUUUCUUCCAUCGAAGCUCUUGUUACUCGAUAGAAAUGAUGAUUAUUCUUGUCUUCAUCGAAGCUCUUUGUUACUCGGUAGAAAUGAUGAUUAUUCUUGUCUUCCAUCGAAGCUCUUUUGUUACUCGAUAGAAAUGAUGAUUAUUCUUGUCUUUCAUCGAAGUUCUUUGUUACUUGAUAGAAAUGAUGAUUAUUCUUGUCUUCCAUACUCGGUGAAAGAUGAUUAUUUUGUUACUCUUGGUAGAAACGAUGAUUAUUCUUGUCUUCCAUCGAAGCUCUCUUUGUUACUCGGUAAAAAUGAUGAUUAUUCUUGUCUUCCAUUAAGCUUUUUGUUACUCGAUAGAAAUGAUGAUUAUUCUUGUCUUCCAUCGAAGUUCUUUUUGUUACUCGGUAGAAAUAUGAUUAUUCUUGUCUUCCAUCGAAGCUCUUUGUUUCACAGAAAUGAUGAUUAUUCUUGUCUUCCAUCGAAGCUCUUUUUUGAUAAAAUGAUGAUUAUUCUUAAUUUCCAUCGAAGCUCUUUUUGUUACCGAUAG